GUGGAUGAGUUACUGUUACCUGCGCGCAGGUGCGCUCCGUCCUCCUGGUAACGUACAUCAUCCUCCUCUGACUACAGAAGAUGGAUGUUUAUCCUUCACUACUCCGGGACAAAUCACUUUAGUUUGUUAAUCGUACCUCAGAGAUUUUAACUUGAUUAAUCCUAUGAUAAUCUGAAGGAGAAUUCCAAUCGAUCCUCCUAAAAUGAAAUGUAAUGUAAUUUCUUGAUCGUUGAAGGACGCCCGUCGCUCUGAGAUGAACGAACAGCGGGACAUACAACUGUUUUCACUCUGUACACUUUUCAUUUUCAAGCUAUUUGUGCUUCAAGGAUUUAUUUGCCAGGAAUCAAACUCAGAAAAUAAACUACCCAGGAGGGUUAAUGCACUGCGGCAGAAACGGGAUCUCUUCCGUGAAGAGACCCUUAGCACAGUGCUGUCAGAUUCAGCUCUCCCACGAAGAGUUCUUCAUAAUUAUACAGCGAGAGAUGCAUCAACAGAAUAUUGUGGGUGUCUUAAUGGUGGCUGGUGCCAGGAGGAAGGACGCUGUGAUUGUGCUCAGUUCCAGGGGCUCGGGGAUCGCUGUCAAAUCAUUCCCAACCAUGGUCAGGACAGGGAUGGGAUUUGUCGUUCAUGGGGUCAGCAUCAUUUUGAGACCUUUGAUGGAAUGUAUUACUACUUCCCUGGAACGUGUUCGUAUAUCCUGGCCAAAGACUGCCAUUCCACAGAGCCCCAGUAUACAGUGUGGGUUCAUAACAGUCGUUCAUGUAGAGGUUCAGUGUAUUCAUGUCCACGUGGUCUGAGUCUGUUCUUCCCAAAUGAAGAGGAAAUCUAUAUUAGUGGUUAUCAGGUGCUAAAGGGAGGACAUAGACUGAGCCUGCCACAGACAGUGCGUAAUGUUUUCUUUGAGCGCUUGGCUGACUAUAUCCUGGUGAAGAGCACGUUUGGCUUCUCUCUGGCGUGGGACGGGAGCUCUGGAGUCUACCUCAAAAUGACCGAAGCACACAAAGGAAGGCCUUGUGGUCUGUGUGGAAACUACAAUGAUGACGGAUUGGAUGAUCUCAGCAGCAGCCGCGGUAUAGUUUCUGACAACAUUGCUGAAUUUGGGAACAGCUGGGCAGUAGAUCUGCCCCAAGAGAGACCCUGUCCAGAGGUUGAUCAUGAUUUCCCUGGACCUUGCUCAUCUGAGUCAGAUAUGGAUGAUGCCAUUGAGAAGUGCAGUGCAUUGCUUUUCUUUCCUUUCAUCUCCUGCCAUGAGAACAUUGACCCAAAUCCAUUUGUCGCCAGCUGUGUUUCGGACAUGUGUGUGUCAGAUGAUGAGGAGACAUUUUGUCGGACUCUUGUUGAGUACACCAGGGCCUGUUCUCAUGUGGGAUACCCCGUCAGAGAAUGGAGGGACAGUUUUCUUACAUGCGCGGACAGAUGUGAGGAUAGUUUUGUCCACAGAGAUUGUAUCAGCUGCUGCCCACCUACAUGCACGUUUGAGAAAGAGUGUUUGGGAACCAAUCUACACUGUCUGGAUGGAUGCUACUGCCCAGAUGGUUUGAUCUUACAGAAUGGCACCUGUAUAGCAGUGUCUCAGUGCCCCUGUGUGUACCAUGGUACACCAUAUCCUCUAGGUCAUGUAUUGGAGCAGGGCUGCACUGUCUGUGUCUGUAUGGGAGGAGUGUGGAACUGCACAGAGAAUAAUUGCACUGCGGAAUGCACAGUAAUGGGUGAUGCACAUGUGACCACUUUUGAUGGGCGGAUCUUCAUGCACAUGGGCUCUUGCCAGUAUGUGCUAGUGAAGAGCCGCGGCAGCACCAAGUUUACUGUGACACUACAGUACACAGCCUGUGGAGAGUCUCAGGAGCACUCUUGCAUCCACUCAGUGGCUCUGGUGGUGGAUGAAGAUGUCAGCAGGCAGGUCACUCUCACCAGAGAGGGGGAAGUUGUUAUUGGGGCCAGUAUGGCUGUCAAUUUGCCUUACUCAGAUGACAUGGUGAACAUUCGCUGGCUGACAUCUUUGUUUGUGGGUCUGCGGUCUGUCUUUGGCCUGAGGUUUCAGUAUGAUUGGCAGGGUGGACGAAUUUACCUUCAGCUAGACAGCACCUGGAUGGGCUCCACACUCGGCCUAUGUGGAACCCUCAACGGAAACCUGCGGGACGAUUUCCUUUCUCCUGCUGGAAUGAUUGAAGGAACCCCACAGCUGCACGUCAAUGCCUGGAAAGUGUCUUCAGCAUGCAUAAGCCCUGUUAACAUUCCUAUUAUCGACCCCUGUGAAAUGAACCAACAAAAUGUGUUUUAUGCUGCCCGGUGUGAUGUGCUUUUGGAGGAAGUGUUUGCAGCAUGCCAUGCAUAUGUUAGUCCCAGCAUGUACCACCAGCAGUGCCGCUACCAGGCCUGUCGAUGUGGCAGCACCUGCCUCUGCACUGCUCUGUCCCACUACGCAUACAUCUGCAACAAGCAUCAUGUCACCGUCAACUUCAGAGCACACGUCUCUGAGUGCGGUAUGGUAUGUUUAGGAGGGAUGAUGUAUCACCCAUGCACAUCAGCGUGCGGGAGGACGUGUCAGUCAAUCAGCAGUGGUGAAGUGUGUGUUGGCGACUGUGCUGAAGGAUGCAGCUGCACCGAGGGAUCAUUCUACGAUCACGCUCGCCAGCGCUGUGUGCCACUCUCCCAGUGUCACUGUUAUUUCAUGGGUUCAGUGUUUCAGCCUGGUGAAGUGUCCUUCAGCCCAUCUGGACCAUGUCUCUGCACAAAUGGUCGGAUGGAGUGUGUGCCUGAAGAGAGAGAGCCCGAGAGAGGAGAUUGUCCCAAUGGAAAAGUCUACUAUAGUUGCAGGGGUCAGAGUGGGCUUGGACCUUCAGGUUUGGGCGUGGCGUGUGAACUGACCUGUCGAAACCUGAUGCUGAACCUGACCUGCCCUCCCAUGACCCCAUGUGUGCCAGGAUGUGGAUGUCCUGCUGGGCUAGUGACUCAUAAUGGAGAAUGCUAUUACCCAGAGAACUGCCCCUGUGCGUGGCUUGGCCUAGAGUAUCUCCCUGGAGAGACAGUGGACACUCCAUGCUACCGCUGUGUGUGUCAUCGUGGGUUCUUUAACUGCACAUAUUCGCCAUGUCCAGCGGUGUGCACCAUUUACAGCGACCGACAUUACCACACAUUUGAUGGCCUGGAGUAUGAUUACGUCAGCGACUGCCAGGUCUACCUGGUCAAGAGUGUUGGUGCGACGGAGGUGUCCAUCAUGGCUCAAAAUAAAGAUUGCUAUGAAAGUGGCAUUGUCUGCAUGAAGUACCUGCUCAUCUAUGUUGGCCUUACUAAAAUCUACUUCAGUGACAACUCUGGUAAACCUAGCUCAUCUACUGUUGUGGGAAGAGGAUAUGAGUUUCAGUUAUGGGGUGCGGGAUACUACACUGUGGUCCACUUUCCUGCUCAAGAUCUGACCAUUUUAUGGGACCGCAAGACCACUGUCCAUAUUCGUGCUGGACCCCAGUGGAAGGGUCAAAUGAGUGGUUUGUGUGGAAACUUUGACAUGGUAACAGUUAAUGACAUGACCACAGCUGGACAUAUGGAGGUCAGUAACGCACAGGCCUUUGGAGACAGCUGGGCUGUUGGACAGUGUGAGAGCGACUUUGUAGUUCGCAGACCGUGUGAAGGAGAUCUCAGUCGGCAGCCGUAUGCUAAGCGGGAGUGUGGCCUUCUCUACAGUGACGUAUUUGCUCCAUGUCACAAUGUGGUGGAUGUGACCUGGUUUUAUAAGAACUGUCUGACGGACACCUGCAACUGCAACCGUGGGGGUGACUGUGAAUGUCUGUGCACCAGUAUUGCAGCAUAUGCACACAAAUGCUGUCAAAAUGGUGUCACAGUGAACUGGAGAUCCCCCACCGUGUGUCCAUAUGACUGUGAAUAUUACAACCAAGAGUUGGGAGAGGGUCCGUUCAUUCUGUCAAGCGCAGAGCAGAAUGACUCUGCAUGUGUGUUUGGGGCAAAUGUGAGCAGUGGUGAAGUGUUUCCCCUCCUGAGGACCAAUGCUCAACCCAGCACCAUUUUCCACUUCAUGAUCACAACUGGACUAUAUAAGGACCGAGCUUCCAGACUUCCUGUUGUUUCACUGGAGUCUGCAGAGAGGCCCAACUACUUUCUGUGUGUUACUGGGAACCGUGGGUUACGGUUGGAACACUGGCAGCCUGGGGAAGAGUUCAGACGGAAAGCGACCUUCAUCCACCACCAGGGUCUUUGGUUACCUGGGCGAUCUUCCUUUGAGUUGCACAGUCAGAAGGGUGUCUUCCUCACUCUUUCUCAUACACACGCUCGUGUUCAGAACUACGACCACUCAUACACCUUCAAAAUCAGCAGCAGUUUUAUCAUUGAUGAGAGCAGUUUUGUGAUCCCCUACCGCUUGAUGUGCGAGUGGAAGUAUCAUGCAUGUGCCAGUCCAUGUGUGAAAACAUGCAACGACCCCAAUGCCACACGCUGCCAGUUUUUACCUCCAGUUGAAGGUUGUUUUCCACGUUGUCCCAAGUCUAUGCUGUUGGACGAAGUGACCAGGCGGUGUGUUUACAAAGAAGACUGUGUGAUACUGUCUCCAACUCCAACUCCUUACAUGUUCGUGACCCGAUCAAACCGAACCACAGCGGCUCCAACCUCUGCUCCUACAACCACAACAACUCCCUACACCACAACGGCAACACCAAGCACCUCUCCGAGCACAACUGCCAGGACUACAAUCAUAACUACACCUUUGGAACCAGAUGAUUUAAUUGGCAGCCCAACUACACCCACAUUACCACCAACCACAGUCUCUUCAACUUUGGCUACCACCACCUCCACUGAAACUCCCACAACUCCCUCUCCACCAACCACAGAACCCCCUCUAGUCAGCACUGCCCCACCCACCACCACAGCCACGCCCACUACAGAGCCCAUAACAACAGUUUUUACCACUUUAUUAUCUACCUCGACCACAGAGAUGCCAACCACACCCGAGGCCACCACCGAACCAGAGACAACGUCUCCAACAACCACCGUCCCGCCUGUUACAACCACCACUGUCGUUACAACCGAGACCACAACAUCAGAACUGACUUCAACAACCAUCACCACAGAGACAACAUCUGUCUCCACAACAACCGAGGAGCCCUCAACUACCACAGCAUCUGUACCAACAACCUCUGAGAUAUUGCCUUCACCCUCCCCUUCACCUGAGACAGCAGGAAUAACAACAGUGCUUCCACCGUUCCUUCUACCCACAGGGCCUUGCACGCCUCCAUAUUCAUUGCGUGUGGAUGAGUGCAGUGAGUACAUCUGCUUUAAUGGACAGCUGAUGCUGCAUAAUUCUUCUCAGCACUGCAGAUACAACAUCAGCCAGCCACAGUGCAACCUGCUGGGCACACCGAUCCAGACCAACACAGACCCCUGCUGCCCACUGUGGCAGUGCCCAUGCCGCUGCUCUAUAAUCUCUGACCUGCGUGUGAUCACAUUUGAUGGGAAUAAUGUGGCUCUGUAUGAUAUCGGUUCUUAUAUUCUGGUCCACCUGCCCAGAGAGAAAAUAGUCGGUCACAUUGAGAAAUGUCCAACCAGUGAGAGUGUGAACUACAUCAGAAGACCUACUCCCUCUGGUGGAACCUCUGGUCUGUGUUUUAAGAAGCUGAACAUUACAACUCAAUCGUACAGAAUAAUGGUCAACCGCUUGGACCGGAAGGUUUCAGUGAAUCAGAUUACGGCACGGCUUCCUCUUACAAGGCAGAGCCUCAAUAUUGAUGACACCGGGACCAUGUACAUCAUUAAUACACCUGGUGGGAUCAACAUAAAGUGGUACCACAGCACUGGCAUCAUGGUCCUACAGUACACGGCUCCUGAUAACACCUCCACUAGGGGGCUCUGUGGAUGUUGUGAUGGUAAUCCAGCUGAUGACCUGCGGCUGCCCAAUGGUACAGUGGUCCAGGAUAUUGAGGACAUCCCAGUAUUUCUGCACGGAUGGAUGGUGGAUACGUCAGAGGAUACAGAUUACUUCCGCAGAGUGGGAGACAACUGCACCACCGGCAACUGCUCCAAAUGUUUCACCAUGCUCAACCAGAGACCUUUCUCUAAAUGUCACCACAAGGUUUCUCCAGAACACUUCUGUGAUAAGAUAUGGGCUGGAGACCUACAUUAUAAAGAGCAUGAGUGUGACUUCCUGGCUGCUUAUGUGGCCAUUUGUUACACGCAUCAGAUCUGCUUCAGCUGGAGGAAAAGCAACUUCUGCCCACUCAAAUGUCCUCCUGGUAAAGAAUAUAAACCCUGUGUGAAUACAUGUAAGACUCGGACAUGUCAAAACCGAGAUUACUAUGAGGAGAGCACCUGUUCUUCUAUCAGAGAGGAGUGCGUUUGUAAAAGCGGUACCAUUCUGCACCGAGCAGACUCUGCCUUCUGUGUCACCGAGGACCAGUGCGUGUGUACGGAUAACGAUGGUGCUCCACGCGCCCCGGGUGAGGUGUGGAACGGCUCUCUGCGUGGCUGCUGUCUGUUCAAGUGUCUGGAGAACGGUAGUAUGGUUCCUGUGGAACCCGAGUGCAGUUAUGAACCUGCUCCGCUGUGUGAGAGGGAGGGAGAGUAUGCAGUCGAUGUGCUGGAGGAAGGAGUCUGCUGUCCAAAGAAGAUUUGUGAAUGUAACCUCACCAUCUGUCAGAGUGAAGUGCCCAGCUGUGAGAAUGGAGACAAGCUGGUGAUUGGUUACAGCGCUCUGUCCUGCUGUCCUGAAUACAGAUGUGAAUGUGAUCCGCUGGCAUGUCAGAGUGUUCCUGCCCCGAUCUGCAGAGAAGAUCAAUUCCUGGUGGAGGUCAGAGGGGCACAAGCUUGCUGCUACAGCUACAUGUGUGUGUGCGAGUCCUGUAUUGACCCUGUACCAGUGUGUCUGCCUGGAGAGAUACUGGCUGUGGAUGUGAACACCACUAAUCACUGCUGUCCACAGUAUCAUUGUGUGUGUGAUAUGAGUCUGUGUCCUGAGCCCAGUGUGAGUUGUGCUACUGGAGCUGUACUGGUGAAGAGACCUGUGCCGGACAGCUGCUGCCCAGAGACACACUGCGAAUGUCAGUGUCACAACGUUACACUUCCUGUCUGCACUGUGGGUGAACUGAGAGUGGAGGAACCAGACCCCGGCGGCCCGUGUGGAUGCCCACUGUAUCACUGCAAGAAGGCAGAAGUGUGUCUGUUUCAGGGCGUAACGAUAUUGAACCCGGGCCAGUCUAUGGUGCAAUAUUUUGAGGGGGAACUGUGUUACACUGUUCAGUGCCUCACACAUAAAGACCCCAGCACCGGGUUCUACGCCAUGGAGGUCACCACUGCUAACUGCUCUGAGAAGUGUGAGCCUCAUCAGGUUUAUGUCCCAUCCUCUGAUCCACAUGUGUGCUGUGGCUCCUGCAAAAACAUCUCAUGCUCAUAUCCCAGUGAAAACGGGACUACGGAAGUAUUUAUGGCAGGAAGCUCAUGGGUGGCUAACUGCACACGCUUUGACUGUGUGGAGACGGCGGUAGGCGCAGUAGUUCUGGCCUCUGGAGUGGUCUGUCCUCCUUUCAAUGACACAGAAUGUAUUCAGAAUGGAGGCAUAGUUCAAACGUAUGUGGACGGUUGCUGUAAGACAUGCAAAGAAGAUGGUAAAACCUGUAAGAGAGUCGCCAUCAGGACCACCAUCAGAAAAGAUGACUGUAGAAGUAACGCACCUGUGACUGUGUACUCAUGUGAUGGAAAAUGUCCGUCUGCCACCAUCUUCAACUUUAACAUUAACAGUCAUGCACGUUUCUGCAAGUGCUGCCGUGAGAACGGCCUCCAAAACCGCAUCAUUCAGCUGUACUGCACUCGAAAUGCCACUACGGUGGACUAUUACUACCAGGAGCCAAUGGACUGCUCAUGCCAGUGGAACUGAUUCCAUGCGGACUGUGUGCAGUAAAGUUAAGAUCUCAGUGAGAGCACUAGCUUAAAACCACAAACUACUAACACAAUCACUGUAUUUGUUGUGUCUUUGAUAUCUAUAAUUUAUCUGUAAGUACAGCAGGUGAAUCAAACAUUUAUUCAAACAAGAACAACAAACUGUUUAGAUUUUAGCAUUAACAUUUGUUAAAUGAUGAAAUGACAUGGGGACGAGUAUUUUAGAAUCAUUAUUUUCCAUUAACAUUUGAAAUACAUUUAUACAUUUUAAAAUCUUUACUUUUAACCAAAUGCUUUAUUUAAAUGGCAACUUUGUGCUUUUUCUAACAAAAACAUGAUUUUUUUUAUUACAGUUUUUAAUUACAGAGAAAAUAAACAAGCCAUUUUUAAGCUCUGUUCACAUCAAGAGUGAUAAUGAUAAAGAUAACUAUAAAGAUAACUAUAUCCGCGUCCAACCCAACACAUGAUUUCCCUAUUAUGUUUUUUAUAAGCACGUUGCAGUUUUCUAAAUCGCUUCAAAACAAGAUGGAUUCUGAUUGGCUGUCAGUGUUUUUAUCAUGUGAUUCCAACAUUGUUGUUUCUCUGUGCUGUUAUUGUUAUAGUUGAGUAUAGUUGCAAUUUUUUUAAAUUUAGAACAGUUUUAAACCUUUGGCAUUAUCGUCCUUUGUGUGAACAGGUAUUUAAGUAGGCAUGUGAUAUAUAAAGAGAAAUCCCACACAGUUGCUUGACAGGUGCAUCCAUCACUCACUAGCUGUGUUGACAUUCCGUCUCAAAAAACAUAACGAGAUGAACUUGAAUUUCCAUACUAUAGCCAUAAUGCCAAAAAAAAAAAAGAUUUCUGCUGCAAGUGAACUAAACUGUAUAAGCCUAAAUAUGUUUAGCACAUAGCAAACUACAUAUAAACCUGCAUGCUAUU